AGCAGCUGCUGUAGGAGUAGGGACUGUAAAAUCCAACUAGUGAUUCACAAGUGAGCUGCGGGCUCUGAAAGCGUUUUAGCUUUCCAAACGCAGCUCUCGGGAUGCAGCCGGCGCUAGGACCUGCCUGGAGCCUCUACGCCCCAGCCUGCACAGAAGGGAUAAAUACAGCCCAGCCCGCCGGCUGCGGGCGGCACAGCCGCGCUGCCGCCGAGGAGCCCCCGCACCCCGACCCCCGGCGCGGAGGGGCCGGGUUCCCCUGGCUGCCGAUGCUGCAGCUCUGCAAGGUCACGGCCUCCCUGUUCCUCGGCACGGCCAGGGCAGCCUGCGACGAGGAGCUGCUGUCGCGGGAGGGGGUGACCUUCUGCAUCAAUGUCACCAGGCAGCAGCCGUUCCCCGGCCUGCCGCGGGUGCGCGGCAUUCGCGUGCCCGUGUUCGACGACCCGGCCGAGGACCUGUACCGGCACUUCGAGCCGUGCGGCGCCGCCAUCGAGGAGGCCCUGCGGGGCGGGGGGAAGUGCCUGGUGUACUGCAAGAACGGCCGCAGCCGCUCGGCUGCCAUUUGCACGGCUUAUCUGAUGAGGCACCGACAGCUCCCGCUCAAGGACGCGUUCGAGGCUGUGAAGACUGCCAGACCUGUAGCAGAACCCAACGCAGGAUUUUGGUCUCAGCUGCAGAGAUAUGAAGAAGAUUUGCAGAUGCUGAGCAAAGGACUUAAAACUAGCGAUGUAUGAAGAUGCUUUAAACAGAGUGAUGUUUCUACCGAUUUGAAAAAAAUUAAAAAAAAAAAAAAAGGGAAAAAAAAUCCCUUCCUAAAUGACCUCUACAUAAAAUGCCUUACUGCCAUAACUGAGUUGAUGGUUCAUUAAAUUAAUUCAGCUCAUUUCUGUUGAAGGUGCAUGGAAACAGGGUGGAUAAGCAGCGAGAAACAACAGAAACAUAAAAUGGUUGGAAGGACUGUAAACAAAGCAGAGGAAGGCAUGGAAUCUUCAGCACUUACUUCCCUCCGAACAACUCGGAAUACGAGUGAAGGAGUUACCACAUAGCACUUUUACUCUCGGUUUUUAUUGAAAUUUCCCUGUGAUGCCACUAGAAGACCUGAUGCCGAACCAAGGAAGUUCUAAAUUCCUGUCUCAUCUACUGGAUAUUAAUUCACAGUCAAUGAUGUUCACAAGCUGACACAACUUUUGGUGGGAAACCAACACUGGCUGAUGCUUAGUCCCUGCCAUUUUCCUUAUGUUCAACCAGACUGAAGCACCUUCCUAAAAUUACCUAAAAAUCCAGAGGACAGAACGUACAGAUGAUGGUAAGGAGUUCAGCUCCCAACAUGUAAGUUAAGUGCCUUUUCAGCUUUUGAAAUUGUUCUCUAAAACACCGAAGGAAUGAUUUAAAAAACAACAGUUGAUAGUGGAGGGAAGAAGAUGACACAGGCAAUUUAGAAGUGAUCCUCACCCUUUUUAGCUUUCCUUAAGUCUUACAAGAUCUGCCAGUGCCCAGCACAUGCCUUAAUGUGCCUGUUUACAGCUGUCAGCUGUACCUGCAUCCAAGCACCAUGGCGAAAUCAUUUCUGCUAAGACUGCUUGCAGGUUGCUCUCUGAAAUUAUCUAUUGGGACAUCAAGAAAACUGCAUGAGACUUCUAAAUCAGACUACUAUAUGUUUAUAGUAAGACAUUAGAACUAGAGAGAAACACCAAGCUAUUUUGUCAAACUGGAUGAAUACAUCUGUAAUUUAAAAGGGACAAGUUAUGAAACCCAUGAACCUGCAGGGUGAAAUUCCAUUUCAUGUUGCUUAAAGCUUAAAUAUAAAAUAAAAUUAGCUCAUCACCAUCUGUCUGAGUGCUCACACAAGGCAAACAUAUGCUCCCAGCAGUGGAGUAGUUUAAGGCAGAAAUUCUAAUGAUGGAACAAUGACAGAGAAUAAAGCCUCUGGGGAGCAACACGAAUUAGACAAUUCAGAUGCAGUACAAGUUCCCAAAGUUAAAGAUUGCUCAAAGUUAAAAUAGGAUUAUUUUAAAAGCUGAAAAUAGAGAAAUAAAAAUAAAACAUUCAGGCUAUUGUUUUCUUAGUUACCACAAGGCAUUUUCACACCAGAUGCUUUCUCCACUCCCAGCUGUGUUUGGUUCAUUCCAUAUCAUUUAUCCUUGGUAUCUGCAUUAAGACCAUGAAAUUUGUUGCACAUCUGCAGAUUUGAAGGUGAGUGGUUGCUAGAGGAUUUAUUGUAG